AUGGCCUGUCCACAACCCCCCCUGGACCCUCUGCUCCACGUCUUCUUGCCGGUCUACAGCGGGUCUGUGGCGGAGUCUGCGGGGCUAACCAGCGUCACCAACACCGUGUUCACGGUGCCGAUCGAGUCACAGGCCUUGCCGAAUCUGGAUAAGCGGGUCAACGGUCUGAACUACACCCCGGAUUGCCUGUACGAGGGCUACGUGAAGCGCUACAAUCCUGUGCGCGGAUUUGGCUUCCUGACGGCGACGCAUCAAGUCGUUCCGACCCCAGAUCCCGCAUCUGGGGAAAGCACAACGACCGCGAAGGAAUUUGAAAGGUCGGGAACAGAGGGACUGGAUCCAAACGAUAUUUCCCGUGAAAGCAGCCAUGAAGUGAGCUUUAUGCUGCAUGAGGCGGACCCUUGCUUGGGUGGGGAUGUCCAACUGGCCGACGUCCUUACCGCAGCAUUUCUCGAUGUUAACAACUACGUGGAACAUGAACCGAAGCCCCAGCCUUUCCCCAAUAGGGUGCUCCCUAGGAGUUCCUCGACUUCCUUACCUUCCGUCUUUACUUCCACUGACAAGAAAUCGGUAAAGUCGUGUACGCGUGUACCGAUAAACCCGGGGGAUAUUUUCGUGCACCAAACCUACCUGAAUAUGAAUGGAUUCCGCACCCUUCCAGUGGGUGGCCGAGUUCGCUUUAGAGUUAGUUUUAUGAAGGGGCACAAAUCAUUUCAGGCUAUAAGUGUGCAAUUGCUGCCGCAGGUAAUGCCACCCGGGAUGGAUCAUCUGAAUACAUUCACUUCUGAUACACCAGACAGCAAAAAUAAUAUUUCAGCAGCUGAUCCAGAUCAAGUGGAGUGA